UCAUGGGCAAGUGAUCCACUUGCGUCUCCCGCACUUCCUCAAAAGAAUGUUUUCUUGAGGGGUGGUGAUGCUGGAAAGAGGCAGUCGUCCUUCUCCCCCUCUCUUCCCGGGAGUAGCAGGAGCCUCUAACUUGACUGUGGGGAUUCCGGUGACAGAGGGCGCUAAGAUCUCAGUAGCAGCAGCCGGCAAACUCCGGGGGAGGAGUUUGUGGUUUAGGGCGGAUCCCAUCCAGCAGCCGCCGGUUCCUGACCGGCUUGGGAAGAGAAAGAAACAGGAUUGCCGAGCUGCUGGGCGUUCUUGGCGCCACCAACACAGUCACCCAGACAUGAGGAUGACGGUCGGUGCAGCAGAUGCGGGGUCGCCGAAUCCCGGCCCUGCUGCAGUCUCUCUCGGCUUGAGCGUGGCCGUGGUCUCCAGCCUGGUCAACGGCUCCACGUUCGUGCUGCAGAAAAAGGGCAUCGUACGGGCAAGAGGACGAGGAACUUCAUAUUUAACAGAUAUAGUUUGGUGGUCAGGCACUAUUGCAAUGGCUCUCGGUCAGAUUGGGAAUUUCUUAGCCUACACUGCAGUUCCUACUGUUCUUGUGACCCCCCUUGGAGCUCUUGGCGUUCCAUUUGGAUCAAUUUUAGCUUCCUAUUUACUGAAAGAAAAACUCAACAUUCUUGGCAAGUUGGGCUGUCUACUGAGCUGUGCUGGUUCUGUAGUUCUCAUAAUCCAUUCUCCGAAAUCUGAAAGUGUCACUACUCAGGCCGAACUUGAAGAGAAGCUCACAAACCCAGUGUUCGUGGGUUACCUCUGCAUCGUUCUUCUAAUGCUGCUUUUGCUUAUCUUCUGGAUUGCACCAGCUCAUGGACCCACAAAUAUCAUGGUUUACAUCAGUAUUUGCUCUUUGUUAGGAAGUUUCACAGUACCUAGUACAAAAGGCAUUGGGCUGGCUGCUCAAGAUAUCUUUCACAAUAAUCCAUCGAGUCAGAGAGCACUGUACCUCUGUUUGGUUCUGUUGGCAGUAUUAGGAUGUAGCAUCAUCAUUCAGUUCAGGUACAUCAAUAAGGCUCUAGAAUGUUUUGACUCCUCAGUGUUUGGUGCCAUCUACUAUGUGGUGUUCACCACUCUGGUGUUGCUGGCCUCAGCCAUCCUAUUCAGAGAGUGGAGCAAUGUGGGGGUAGUUGAUUUCCUAGGGAUGGCUUGUGGAUUCACUACUGUAUCUAUUGGAAUUGUUCUUAUACAAGUCUUCAAAGAGUUCAAUUUCAGUAUUGGGGAUUUGAAUAAGCCUAACAUGAAGACGGAUUAAGACCACAGUAUCUAAGGGACUGGAUAACCAAGGGGUGACAGAGCCUUUCAUUUCUUGGCCAAGGGAAUGAUAGAGCCUUUAAUUUCUAAGCCCAGAGAAUAACAGAGCAUUUCAUUCCUUGCUGGAAUGUGUGAAAUGAAUUAGUGGCCUCCAUCCAGUUUCUCUAAGACUAUUGUUGUCCUGCUACAACCAUCUAAUGGUAUUUAAUGAAUUAUCUUACAACCCUCACAGCAGAUGGGUAAGAACUGCAUUGGCACAAUGACUGAUGUAAUUCUUCACCCUAAAAGGUGAUUAGUGUAGAGAAGGGAUGAAGUAUUCUGCAUUUUAGGAUGUAGGUACCUUUCAAAAUGGCUACCUUCUAGUUGCAUGAAUAAGUUAUUUCCAUGCUCGGUUUGGCAGGGGGCACAAGCUGAUAAACUCCUUUGAAAAAUGUAAAUUGGAUUUUCCUCCUCUAUCUCUCAUUAGUAUGUAGCAAAAUCCAUGGUUUUCACAGCUUUAUUUGAGGAGUCCGAAAACAGUAUUUCAGAAUAUGUAUAUACCCUUUACUCUUCCUUCAUUGACUGCCUCUGCAAUUUGGACUGAUGAUGAGGAAUUCAUAAUCAAUGCCAAGACAUAAAGCAGUACAUUUGUCUUUUAAAAACUUUGGUCUCUUACCAACGGAAAGUUGCUCACAGAGCUAAGUAAACAUAGCAUUGAGUUUACAGGUAUUCCUGUUGUUCACAAUAAGCAUUUGAAGUGCAUUUACACAUUAUGUUAAUCCAGGAGCUUUUAAUGAUCAGCAGAAAAGAAUGUGAGGGUUAUGGCAGAUUGUAACCACUUUUCUACCUUUUUUUGGUAGAUCAUUUGUAAACAGUUGGAAACUACUUCAGUGCCUUUUUUUAUUCUAAAAAAUAUCACAUGCAUUUGUGUCUUGAAAACUUCAGUGGGCAGUUCAUUGUCUCAUAGCAGUCCAUUGUUUCUGAACAUUUGGCUGCUCUCAUGCUUAUAAGCCAGUAAAACAGCCAGAAAAAGCAGUAUAUUCAGAGAAAGCCUUCAGAGCCUAAAUUUAUCAUUGAGGAGGUGACUCUGUGGUAACCUGUGUAUCUCCGUGUGUGGUUUUGAGGAGAGGUGUUCUUCAACUGCCCAUUCACAGUGUUCCAAUUUUCCUAACAAAGUACAGUGAACUGUCUCUAGCACCUUUCAAGUUAGGUUUUCAGCUGGUACUUCUUAAAGUAAAGAAGGCUUGUGAUAAAGUGAACCUGUAAGAUGGAAGGAAAAUUUUAAUUCCAGUAAAGGGAAUGAUAGCUUAGUGACCCAAAUGGCUCUUGAGCUACUCACAAGCCCAAGGGGAGGACCUGGUAGUAAUGGCCAUUCACUAGAGAUAAUGCCAAGGAAAGCAAUAUUAUUAUUAUUUAUUCAGUUUUUAUACCACCCUUCCAAAAAUGGCCCAUGGUGAUUUACACAGAGAAAUAAUAAAUAAAUAAGAUGGAUCCCUUUCCCCAAAGGGUUCACAAUCUUAAAAAAAAAAAAACAUAAGAUAUACAUCAGCAACAGUCACUGGAGGUACCUCUUCAUCCCGUAAGUUGAGUUAUGGAACACUUAUUGUAGAGAAGUGGGAAGCUAAAGCUAACUUGAUAUAUUGGACUCAGAAAUUAAAGGUUUGUUUUCCUUCCCAAAUCUUCAGAUUUAAUGUAACAGCUUGAGGAUAUUUGCAGGCAUAACAACAGUUUAGUACUAUGGCCUAGCAAAAGAAUUGUGUAUUUCAUGAUAAAGGCAUAAUACUUGGCAUAUAUUCAAAGGGCACCCUAUGAAACUCAAAUUAAGACAGGAAAGCAUUCCUAAUGUUCUUGGAAGCAAAUCUCUGAGUUCAGUUACACUCCCAAAUAUGGAUGCUUAUCUGGGAGAAAGCCUCACUGAAUUUAGUGAGUUCCUCCAAAAGUAUUAGGAAGACUUACAGGAAUAUUAGGAAUGCCUCUGUAUCCUGAUUUGAGCUUCAGAGGAAACUGUUUGUAUGUACCAAACAUUACUCACAACUUGCACAGUGCUAUUGUGGCUGGGCCACGGCACUAGUAUUUGAUUUUAAUUCAUUUGAAGCUCAUUAAAAGCCUCUCCUGAGAAUUUAGUUCAGUGGUAUUCACUGUUUAGGUGGCAAGGGCUGCUGGCAUGCCCCCCCCCAUCAUUGGUGCAUGCCCCCUUGCCACCAGCAUGUGCCCAUUCAGCCGCCACCGAUGCCCCCCACUGCACCUUCUGCCAUGGUGGAAAGUGCAAACUGAAGGUGCUACCCAAGCACCUUCCUUUCAUGCCUCCUGCCACUGCUCAGAAGAUGCGGGGGAGUGUGCGUGCCCUGUUGGUUGGGAGCACAUGUGCCCAACCGGGGGGGAACAAAACAUGGGUCACCAGUGGGAUAUGUGCAGGCCGCCAGCGGGUUCUGUGUGGGCUACCAGUGGCCCAGAGGCUGCACAAUGAAGAGCACUGAUAGAGUUCUUUACACUGUGGAUGACAGCUGACCAACUGUAACGUACAGAAUUAGCAAAGUUCUGACAAUACAAAUAAUCAGUAUAAUAAUCAGUGUUGAAGUUCUGCAAUGCUUGUUAAUAUUUUUGCAAGUUGUAAAUGGGCGGUCACUUUGGAAAAUGGAAUCUGCAUAAAGUAAAGACCAUUUCACAUGUUAUGGCUUCAGAGUGUAUACAUUAUGUGUACACUGCCAUGUCUGAAUUAGUCUUACUCAUCUGUUUCAGCAUGUGUACACUUCACAUAGACAGUGAACAACUUUAAGUAAUAAUAUGUCAAGUCGCCCUCCACUGUAGUAUUCUGGCUUGAAUAUUAGUUUCAUAGGGGAAAUGUUCAAGUUUGCCAUGUAUAAUAAUAAGUUUCUGGAGGAAUUAUUCUGAGGUAUUACAUUUUAAGCAAGGCAUGUUUGACAUUUCAUAUUUUUAGGAAAAAAUGAUUUUAAAAUGUACAGAUGGGGCUUAGAGUUAUUCACUUCUUAAAUUAAUGAUGGCUGUUCCUGUUCUUUAAAAUAUAUGUUCAGAGAUAAGUCACAUUUUAUUCUAGCCUUUAACCUCCGAUGACCUCAGUUGAAUUCUUCCUUGAUAUAGAUAGGUACAUGGAUAUGAAUUUUAUUUAAUUCUAGAAAUUAUGGUAAAUGCUUUUUAUUUGCUUUUUAUUCUUUAUUGGAAAAGUGCCUAUUUAGCUUGCUGGUCCUUAUGCACAUUUAAAAUCCUAUACACAGCUAUUCUUUGCCAAACAGGGCAUUUCCUGUGCAGGCCAGGGAUGGCUAAUGUCUGUAUUCUAAGGAGCCACUCUAUUUCCAACCACUGGUCCAUGGGCAGAAAUGUUUUUCUACUCAGAUUCAACCCUUCACAAUUGAUCUCCAUAGUAAGGUUGGCACCAUCUGGAAAAGCAUUCUAAUUACUUAUGGUGCUUAUGCUCUUGGUCACAGUUACAAUACUUUCUUUUAUGUAUUUCUUUAUGUAUUACAUACAUGUUAUGUAAUACAUAACAUGAACACCUGAACACUUUUUAUGAGUGUAGCUGCAGACAAACUUUUACCAUAACUUGAUUUACAUAUGGUGAGCUUGCCUGAAAAAAUUAUCUUGGGUACCACCAGUUGGCCAUCCCUAGUCUAGACAGUAGUGCGUGGUAAGUCUUCCUGCAAUCGUCUGAGGCUAUUAUGAUACUGAUACCUCCUUCUCCAGUGCACCAGCUCUUUGCUUGUGACACUUCUUGAUCAUGUAGGCAGUUUUGUGAUCUCUGGUUCUAGUUUUGGAUAUGCUGCCUGGUGGUAUUAAAUGGCCAAAAGCCAGAAUGUUGAACAAUAUUUUUAGUGGCCUUGCAUAUAAUUUCUAUCUGCAGCAUUUUGCAUUAUGAAUGCUAAACAGAUUAUAGAUUUAUUUUUGCUACUUUGUGGAACAAUUUCCUUCUGUUUCUUCUGUUUGUUCCUUGGGGAUAACACCACCUUGAGUCUAACUGUAGAAGUUUUAACAGUAAUAGCAGUGCUAGUACAGGACUCUACUUUCAUUCCCUAUACUGGUCUUUUUGUUUGUUUUCUUUUCUGUAAUGACUAUAGUAAAAAGUUGCAGUAGUCACAUUGACAAUUUCUCUUCUUAUCUACAAUAUACUAUAUUAGGAAAUAAAUAUGCAGUUAUCUGCUGAGCUUUGGUCUUCCUCAAACCUGGUCAUGUUCUUAUCAGGUUGUUUCACUGAUAGCCAGAAGCCUGGUUACUUAAAAUAAUUGAAUUUAUGUUUAUUAAAAUGUUUUCAGUGACUGUAUUUUGAUGGGAAUUACACUACAUUUAAGCCCACCUAAAAGGCAUUUCAUGGUGUAUCUCUGGUUUGUUACUUUUUAUGAAGUAAGAUGUACACAAGACCCUUAUUUCUGUUGAGUAACAUGCUGGAGGAUUUACAGGCUUUAACAGCUGGUCCCUUUGAAUCUAGUAGAAUAAUAAACUUUUUUGAUAAAAGCCAAAAAUCCCCUUUGUUAUAUCCUAAAUACUUGGGUAUGUGUUUUUUAAAAAGCUAAGAAACUAAGGUUGCAACCCACAGGCUGCAUACACUGGAAUAAUAUCUCUGCAGUCUUUGGGCACAAUCCACUCAGAAAUCUCUUGGGGGGAAAAUCCCAUGAACCAGCCAGAUUAAUAAAAGUUGUAGAAUAUUUCUUGCAUAACAGCCAUUCAUUUUGAUGCAUCUUCCUCAGGAGAUGAUCUCAGUAGACUAUGUCCUACUCUGUAGAGCUACUCCAGGAAUACCUAAAUAGCUUUUCGGUUGCUGCCCACAUAAAAUGUCUGUUUCGAUACCUGUUCCAGAUAGUGUGUGUGAAUGAGAGAAUGAUUCCUAUUUAUUAACUAAUAUGAAUAAGCUCAUUUCAUAUAUAUUACAGGUUUUGCUUCUUAGUAAUUAUCUUGGUUUAUAUUGAAUGUAAUUAUAGUGAAAUAACAGCUCCAAAGGUGAAGACACUGGACUUUGAAAUAUUACCAUGGAAGCUGUGAACUUUCAGGAUGAAAGUUCUUGUAUCUACAAAGAGGAUCUAAAUAAAUUGGACUGAAAGUCAGAUUAUACUUGCAUGAUGGACCACUCUCACUUUCUAAUUUUAACAGAGAACUUAAAAGACAUUAGAGCUCUUUGGAGAGUAUAAUUUUACUAUACUGUUGACGUUUACUGCCAUACUACAUUUAUAGCUAGCCUAGGUAUGCUUCCUGCCUUCAUGGAGAUAAGUUUAAUCCCUUGGAGUCAAAGUUAAGUGUGAUAGAACUCACGAAUGCUAAUGAUAAAUGCUUUACUAAAAGAAACUUAGGAGCACUCAUGUCAAAGCACUUCUUUUAUUGCAAUUGCUAACUAGAAAAAAAAUCAAAGGCAUUACGUGGGGAAAAUGAAAGAUGAAAAUAUUGCACCUCAGUUCUAUGCAUAUUUGCUUAGGAGCAAGUCCCAUUAUUUUCAGUGGCAUUAACUUCCAAAUAAAAACCACUAUACAUGUUAUCAAUGGCAAACAUGUUUUCCCCAGUGUGUAAAGUACUCACAGUAGGAAGCCACAGCCAAUUCCAGCUUCCUGGUACAUGUACUUUGCAGAUUAGUUUUUGUCACACAUGCAUUAAAAAUGCCAAUGCACACGUUACCAUGUAACAUAUGAAGCGGACCUACAUACAGACCUGUUAACUGUAUCCCCUCCCCUGCCGCCAAAAGCACACGAGUUUGCACUUUGCGGGGCGGGGGGUGCGUGCGAGGGGUGAUUCUUAUGUAGAGCUAAUAGAAGAGGUGAAGAGAGCUUUUGUUUGCUUUACUUGAGAGUGGGAAGGAGAGGUGGUUGAGGAUGAUAUGCCUUGCAUUAUUAAAAUGUGAAUACAAACAACAGAAAAGGUGGAUAGGAGCAAAACUCAAAUGUUCUAGGCUUGGUUGCCGAAAUGCUCUUGUGUUGCAAUAUUAAAAAGAGGACUAUUUUAUUAGCUUCCAAAACAAUUUGUAUAUAUAGAUUUGUUAAAUGCUCAAUUAGCUUUGCUUUAAAAUGAUAGUUAUAGGCAUGUUGUAUUUGCCUUGUGUAAAUUAGCAAAGGCUAUUUAUUAAGGUUUCUGACAACAAACCUAUUUAUUAAUAUGUAUUGUUUUAAAAUAAAAAUACAUUUCUAUCUUG